CCCCGCCCCUCCCCGUGUAACCCGCGCGCCACCCGAAACUGCUGGUUUCACAGUUGCGGUUUGUAGCAACCAGAUGCCUAGCAGGCGCCCUGUGAAUGCUCAUUGAAUGAAUGAAUGAAUGAAUGAAUGAAUGAAUGAAUGAAUGAAUGAACCAACAGGGCAUCACAUUUGAAUAGGAGUCACUCUCGUUGCCUCCUGACACUUCAGGGGUAGCCACCCCGUGUGAGGAUCCAGACUGCAAGAUCCCCCCCGCCCCGAGGUCGCAGAACAAUGGCAGGGCCGCUGUGAGUCAGCCGAAUAUAGGGGAGCCAUCCCUUUGACACAGCCUUGGGUCAUUCGCAUCUCUUUUCCCUUUAAGAAAAACAGAAGAUGUCUGAGUAUAUUCGGGUAACGGAAGACGAAAAUGACGAGCCCAUUGAGAUACCAUCGGAGGACGACGGGACGGUGCUGCUGUCCACGGUGACAGCCCAGUUUCCCGGGGCCUGUGGGCUGCGCUACAGGAACCCCGUGUCUCAGUGCAUGAGGGGCGUGCGGCUGGUAGAAGGCAUUCUGCACGCCCCGGAUGCCGGCUGGGGAAACCUGGUGUAUGUUGUCAACUAUCCCAAAGAUAACAAAAGGAAAAUGGAUGAGACAGAUGCUUCAUCAGCAGUGAAAGUGAAAAGAGCCGUCCAGAAAACAUCUGAUUUAAUAGUGUUGGGUCUCCCGUGGAAAACAACUGAACAGGAUCUAAAAGAAUAUUUUAGUACCUUUGGAGAAGUUCUUAUGGUUCAGGUCAAGAAAGACAUUAAAACCGGUCAUUCAAAAGGGUUUGGCUUUGUUCGAUUUACGGAAUAUGAAACCCAGGUGAAAGUGAUGUCCCAGCGACAUAUGAUAGAUGGACGGUGGUGUGACUGUAAGCUUCCUAAUUCUAAGCAAAGCCCAGACGAACCCCUGAGAAGCAGAAAGGUGUUUGUUGGGCGUUGCACAGAGGAUAUGACGGCUGAUGAGUUGCGGCAGUUCUUUUGCCAGUACGGGGAGGUGGUGGAUGUCUUCAUUCCCAAGCCGUUCAGGGCCUUUGCCUUCGUUACAUUUGCAGAUGAUCAGGUUGCCCAGUCUCUUUGUGGAGAGGACUUGAUCAUUAAAGGAAUCAGCGUACAUAUAUCCAAUGCUGAACCUAAGCACAAUAGCAAUAGACAGUUAGAAAGAAGUGGAAGAUUUGGUGGUAAUCCAGGUGGCUUUGGGAAUCAGGGUGGAUUUGGUAAUAGUAGAGGGGGUGGGGCUGGCUUGGGAAACAAUCAAGGUAGUAACAUGGGUGGAGGGAUGAAUUUUGGUGCUUUUAGCAUCAAUCCAGCGAUGAUGGCUGCCGCCCAGGCAGCACUGCAGAGCAGCUGGGGCAUGAUGGGCAUGUUAGCCAGUCAGCAGAACCAGUCAGGCCCAUCGGGCAAUAACCAAAGCCAAGGCAACAUGCAGAGGGAGCCAAAUCAGGCCUUUGGUUCUGGAAAUAACUCUUAUAGUGGCUCUAAUUCAGGGGCAGCAAUUGGUUGGGGAUCAGCUUCAAAUGCAGGGUCAGGCAGUGGCUUUAAUGGAGGCUUUGGCUCCAGCAUGGAUUCUAAACCUUCUAGCUGGGGAAUGUAGACAGUGGGUGACGGUUGGUUGUAUGGACUGGUGGGAAUUCAAAUUUUUCUAAACUCAUGGUAAGUAUAUUGUAAAAUACAUAUGUACUAAGAAUUUUCAAAAUUGGUUUGUUCGGUGUGGAGUAUAUUCAGCAGUAUUUUUGACAUUUUUCUUUAGAAAAAGAAGAAGAGCUAAAGGAAUUUUAUAGGUUUUGUUACAUAAAGGGUUGAAAUAUUGAGUGUUUGAAAGUGAACCGCUGUUUGCCUGAUUGGUAAACCAACACACUACAAUUGAUAUCAAAGGGUUUCUCCUGUAAUAUUUUAUCCCUGGACUUGUCAAGUGAAUUCUUUGCAUGUUCAAAAUGGAAACCAUUAAUUAGAACUACAUACUUUCCUCCUUGUUUUAAUUUGAACCCCACCAUAUGGAUUUUUUCCUUAGGAAUAUCUCCUUUUUUGGAGAUCAUGGUGUCACAGUGUUUGGUUCUUUUGUUUUUGUUUUUUAACACUUGUCUCCCUUCAUAUGCAAAAGUACAAUAUGAAGCCUUCAUUUAAUCUCUGCAGUUCAUCUCAUUUCAAAUCUGUAUGGAAGAAGCACUUCAUUGAAAGUAGUGCUGUAAAUAUUCUGCCAUAGGAAUACUCUGCCUACGUGCUUUCUCAUUCAGGAUUGCAUCAUCACACUGCCCAGGCUGCGUCUUUGACGGUGGGUGUCCCAUUUUUAUCCGCUACUCUUUAUUUCAUGGAGUCGUAUCAACGCUAUGAACGCAAGGCUGUGAUAUGGAACCAGAAGGCUGUUUGAACUUUUGAAACCUUGUGUGGGAUUGAUGGUGGUGCCGAGGCAUGAAAGGCUAGUAUGAGCGAGAAAAGGAGAGAGCGCGUGCAGAGACGGUGGUGCAAAAUGGAUAUUUUUUAACUUGGCGAGAUGUGUCUCUCCAUCCUGUGGCUUUGGUGAGAGAGUGUGCAGAGAGCAAUGAUAGCAAAUAACGUACGAAUGUUUCUUGCAUUCAAAGGACAUCCACAUCUGUUGGAAGACUUUAAGUGAGUUUUGUUCUUAGAUAACCCACGUUAGUUGAAUGUGUUAAGUGAAACGAUACUUGUACCUCCCCUACCCCUUUGUCAACUGCUGUGAAUGCUGUAUGGUGUGUGUUCUCUUCUGUUACUGAUCUGUAAGUGUGGUAACGUGAACUGAAGCUGAUGGGUUGAGAACAUGGACUGAGCUUGUGGUGUGCUUUGCAGGAGUACUUGGAAGCAGAGUUCACCAGUGAGCUGGGGGUGUCUCAAAGAAGGGUGGAAGUUCUCAUGUCUGUUAGCUACACAUAAGAAUGCUGUUUGCUGCAGUUCUGUGUCCUGUGCUUGGAUGCUUUUUAUAAGAGUUGUCAAUGUUGGAAAUUCUUAAAUAAAACUGAUUUAAAUAAUAUGUGUCUUUGUUUUGCAGCCCUGAAUGCAAAGAAUUCAUAGCAGUUAAUUCCCCUUUUUUGACCCUUUUGAGAUGGAACUUUCAUAAAGUUUCUUGGCAAUAGUUUAUUUUGCUUCAAAUAAACUUAUUUGAAAAGUUGUCUCAAGUCAAAUGGAUUCAUCACCUGUCAUGCAUUGACACCUGAUACCCAGACUUAAUUGCUAUUUGUUCUUGCAUUGUCCAAAGUGAAAAGAUUUUUUUUUCUUUUUAAAUCUAGUUUUUAAUAAGUCUGGGUGACCGCACCUAAAAUGGUAAGCAGUACCCUCCAGCUUUUCCUUAGUGCCUCUGUGCAUUUGGGUGAUGUUCUAUUUACAUGGCCUGUAUAAAUCUCCAUUGGGAAGUAAAUCAUGCCUUCUAAAAAUAAUCUUAUUUGGGGGAGUGGGCAAAACAGUGUUAAUUAUUUUUAAAUGCUUUGUAGCAAAGCAUAUCAAUUGAAAAGAAGGGAAUAUUAGCGCCUUUUUAGUUUGUAAUUUGAAAAGUGGAAUUAAUUGCAAUGGGGAUAAAGUAGAAGAAACCACAAAUUAUCUUGUGCCUGAAGUCCACUAAGCAGCUUGGUAGCUUUAAGGACUAGCAGGGUGCGGCGGGCGGGCUGUCCUCCAGAGGUGGGCAGAUAGUCACGCGGAGUAAAAUCGUUUACAACACUCAGCUGGGACUCUCACGGUGCAUUGUUAAGUAUGUAAAAGCAAUAAUAUAUUGAUUCUCUAUUGUACUUUUUAUGUAACUACUGCUGUGAGAGUUGAGCUUGUUUUCUAAUGGAAGAAUGUAACAGUUUGUGUUGCUAGUUUACCUAAUGCCCUUAUCUAAUUAGAUUACAAUAAAUAGGGUUUUUGCAAGUUGCGUGUUUUAAACUUUUAUAAGUGAAGUCACCCUUUAGACUUGUGAUCGCCACAUUGUUUCAUUGUUCAGUUUCCUCUGUAAAAGGGUCUUGCGUUGUUUAAAAAUUUUUUCUGCAUCUAAAUUGCAUGAUUUCCAAAUCCUGUACCAUCUGAAUUUUGCAUUUUAGCACUUGCACUAUUACUCAGCAGCAGUAACAUGGUAACACUUAAAAUGGUAUUCGGGGACCUCCAAAGACUAAACUGACAAGCCUUCAAGGAGCCCGGGGGUAAGUUAACUUGUCAAUGGCAUGGUUUUAAUCCCUUAUUUACACUUGUGUAAAUCUAGUUACUGAUCUUAGAAGGCUUUCAGUGUUGAGUAGCCUUCUGUUAACAUGUUUGUGGUAAUGCAUAGCUGUGGGUAUUGAAUUCUACCCUAAAAUUUUUUUUGAAGAUUAGACGUAAACUAUUUGGCAAAGAUUUGUCUUUAAAGUCUAUCUGGUCAUCGAAAUGCAUUCAUUCUAAAAAUUUUUUGAACCAGUUGAAUAAAAAUUUUUGUUGCCAACA